CUGACGUCGACAAAUAGUUUCGUUCUGAUCAUUCCCGUCUCAGUGUUCCAUAGGUCAGCUUGUCGUUGUGGCUUUGAUUAAGGAAAUAAUGAAUCGGCUUUUAAUCCCACCCAGUGUUCACAAUCGCCACCGAAUAUGGCUGGAUUCAUCCCGUCCAUGACGAGUGGUUUCUCUGGGUUUCACUUCGUACAUAAACUUCGAGAACUUAUUACGUGAAAAACUAUUCCGAUUUCAUUUCAUUUUCACUGUAUAUUUAAGCAAACUGUAUUCCUAUUUUCGGGUAUUCAUUCUUUUCCAAUUUUAAUUAACAAGCAUUACACUUAGUUUUGCCUUACGUCAUUUUUAUGAAGUGUCAGAUUAUUUGUUUUAUGCGAAGCUUUGCUCUCGGGGGGUUUCAUUAACAAAUAUGUGCUUAAAAGAGGAUUUAACUAAUAUCAACCUUUUUUCUUUACAAACAGUCUAUUAACAAUUCAGUCAGAACUACUGACCGAUUUUCUUUAGUGUUGACCUAAAUGGUAGGAUAAUUCAUUUCAACUGAUAAGCGCUAACAACACCGAUCUGUCAUAAAUACUGGACGAUAAUUACUAACAUCUCUAAUUUAUAUAGAAAGUAACAAUAUUCAGGAUCGUAUUCUUCCUCUGACUUAAAUGACAGUCGAAUAUCGGAACUAAGCUAUGAGGAUUGCUGCACAUCACCUUUACUACGAUGUAUAGUUUACAAUUUGGUAAAUCAAUUUGACGAAUCUGGAAAGAGGCCCAUAUAGUGCUUGGUUGACAUUCCACGUAUUCCCAGAGUAGCUAAUUCCGAAAAUGUGCUAUAAAAAUUGAGCUCAACACGUUUAUCUACUAAAUGCGUUUGAGGUUUACCUAAGUAGCUGUUUUGCCACAUAUUCCCCCAAAGUCAGGCACAUUUCCAAUGGUUCUAUUAGAAUAACGUUGUCUUCAGUACUAGGAAAUUAACUCAUAGAAAUUUACUGGUUAAUACAAACACAUGCAAGUUCUUUAUAUAUCCCGUUCAACAAAAAGAAAAUACGGAUCUGAUAGUCUUAAUUCUCUGCUCUCGAGACCUAGGAUUCGUAGACUAGUGAUUAAUCUGAUUAUUUGUGAUACAUUUUUAAGAUCUUGUACCACUUUCUCAAUCCGAAUGAUCAUCAUGAUUGAGGAAGUUCUAAAAGAUAGAACAACUUUCGUAGCAGAUCAUCUCAGAAGUGGAACACCAAACCCGUACUUCGGUAAACUUUACGUCCAGUCUCGUGUACUGCUUAGCUAUCGCUGCAGUUUGAUUGCACGCGAUAGUGACAUACUACAAUUACGAACUUUUACUUCAACGGAAGUCAGACAACAGAAUUCUUGGUUGUAUUCAAUGUAACAGUCGUAACUAGUUGAAGAUUCUAAGUGACUUUGCGAAAUAUGGUAUGGCUACCGAUAGACGUUAAUCCUCUGAAUGAGUGCCAUUAUUCGAUCUUACAUUACCUCCACGGUUGGCUUCAAAUUCGUCCUCCUACCCAUACAUGGUGUUAGUCCCUCGCAGCGAUGUCAUGAUAUGGAGCAGCUAGUGACGAUGGUAGACCGUAAGCUGAUAACUGAGUAUUGUAUAUGUUGUUAUAGUGUAUACACUGGAAGUGCCUAUUUAACCUCUUACCAGGGUAAGGUGUCGUGCUCGCAGACGUCAGUUGGUGCCAAAACUAGUUGGUCACCCCGUGCUGGGCUUGGUCACUACCGACUCGCUAGUUAUCGACUGCCGCUCAUACCUGACAGCUGGGAAGUCACAUUAUCUUGUAAGUGAUGUCGGAUACCUAGGUAGGCAGUCUACCGUAUUUUCAAAAGUGGCUCGAAUAAACUUUGGUUUUACGCAGUAUAAGAUCACAUAUUUGGUCAGUCUCUUGAGAUAGUGAAAGCUUGCGUCAGCAAUGCGUAUGUAACACUUAAAUAUGGUUCGAGCAAUGUAUGCGUUGGCUGAGAAUUAAACGCCUUAACAAAGGGACUACUCUGUGCAGAUUGGUGUAGAUACCCCCGUCCAUUUUAUAACGAUUGGUGACACGGACGUCAGACAUCCUCUUGUUGACAUCUGCGAUUAGUCUGCUCACAUUCCUGGUUUGAAGAUGGACGCGACACGGUUAUUGAGCUAUGAUUAUCCUAACUGUCUGCAUUCCGUAAGUAGUUUAUUCUUGGACAUAACUUGUGGUUGACAUCCAGGCAUCUGUCAUCGAGAUAAUUUUUCUUCAUUUUCAGGCUGUCACAGAACCGACAAGAUUGCUUGAGGCUUACAGUGAACAUUUGACGGACUCGGGUGGGAUUAUGCAGCAGUCCGUCUCUGCACUGGUGGAGUUGAUGUCGUCGGCCAACCGCAAACUUGUUCCGAAAUGCAUUUCUUUGUGUAUUAUUGCUUCAUCGUCUCCAGAAACACAAUUGCAGUUAUGUAAAGAUGGUGCAUGGGAAAUAUUACUUAAAUGGCUUCAAGAAGCCCUCAAAGAGGAUAAUUAUGCUUUUCUGUUAGAGCUCUUAAAAGUGUACUUGCUACUCCCUGUGAGAUUGGAGCAGCUUACCCAGAAUGUUUGUCCCAAACUAAUAAAUUCUUUGACGAAACGUUGUGAUCAUGAAGAGGUAAAAUCUGUGGCUGCUGAGAUUGUAAAAAAAUGGAAAGAAGUUAUAAGUUCUGAUUCCCGUCAGUUGGUCUCAAAUCAUGUAAAAAGGAAAAAAGUAGAAACUGAAGCAAAAACAAUUAGCAAAGAUGCUCAGUCGCAUGACACUUUGAAAGAUGAGAAAAAGCGCCGAAGUACUGUUAAAAUACCACCUAACAAUAUGCGAACAGCAGGUAUGGAAGAUACACCUGCACAAGCCCAGCCUAAAUCUAGAUCAGAUAUAUUCGCAAAGAAAAACAAAAUCGAACAUGAUAAAAGUCUGACAUCUGAACUUCCGAUUGAAUCCUUUCAUCAAAAAAUAACUGUUACUCCGACGGAAUCUCGCAAAGAGAUUCACGAGAGUUCGGAUUUUAUCAAUGCACUCACCACUUCUCCAUGUCCCGUUGUUCGAAAGAAGAGGAGAAUAUCUCCUAAAAUUGAGCCGGUUGUACAAACUGAUCUCCCUACUAGCAAAGAAGAAAAUUUCACGGAGUUAUCUGAUCAGAGCGGUGCACUUGAUUCAUUUUCGAACUCCCCUAAGGGAAUGGGUUCCAGAAAAUCCUCAUUGUCCAACAUCUAUUCAACCUUCCCUGCUGAGAAUAAACCUAAAAAACGGGUUUCCUGGGCUGAUGAGGACAAGCUACAGUCUUUCUACUAUUUUGAGCUAGAUGAGUCGGAGAGAGUUAAUGUGAAUCGAGUGUCCAUUGAGGAUAUUCGUCGCAAGGAACAUUCAAUGGAACGUCAGCUUUUCAAACGAUCCCAUGAAGAUACCGAUGUCUAUUCUCAGAAGUGGCACCCUCCUUGUCCAUUAGAACGACUUCUCUUGGUCGAACCAGGUUGUAAAUCUAUUGAACGUCAGAUUCAAUUAGAACGAGAACGUUGUGUCCUGCAAGCAAUCUACUUUACUCGUGAAAGUAUUCCAUAUAGUCCAGAAGAGCCCGAUGCAGAAGUUGUGGAGCAUAUCGCUCCUCUUGAUAUACCAUUGGAUGAUCUUACUGCCUACGAAUCAAUUGAUAAAAGUUCUGAAGUCAAUUCUGAGAGGCUAUUAGUUAUGAAAGAUGCCAUGGGAAAUCCACAGAUGUCAUUAAAUCCCGAGGUUGCUAACCUUGUCAAGUCUCUGGCAGCCAAUCUCACUAGUUCUCCACCUGAUCUUGUUCAAAAGAUGCCACCUCAAAUGAACCCCGUCUUAACUACAACAUCCUGUUCUGACUUCAAUUUACAACCAAAUGCUUUUGUUCCUGCUUCUAACGACACAAAAAUGAACAUAAAUAGUCCUAAUUCUGAAUCGGUACGUGGAAUGAACGCUCAUUCUCCAAUUGAUCAAAUGCUACAAAGAGAAUUGUGGGAAGUCUUGGAGCAGAAUUAUCCAGAUAUUAAUGUUCAUGACUUAAGUGCGGAGCGCAUUCGAGAUCUACUCGAACCGUUACGUGAUCAACUCGUUGCUCGAGGUAUUUUUCAGCUUCGUAACCCAUGCCCCCCAAAACCACCUUUUCAGUAUCCUGACUGUCCAGUUGAUAUUCCUGCCCCACGCCAAGGCUUCCGUCCUCCUUUCCGCGGUCCUUCGCAUAUGCCUGUCCCCGUUCCUAGAUCUGAUUUUGCACCACCUCCCCAUGGACCAAGGUUAUGUCCCCCUAAUCCUUCUGGUUAUGGGCCUCCGAAUCGAAUGCCAAACAGACCACCCUUUCAGUCAAUGAAUCCCACAUUACCUCAUCUCAUUCCUAAUCCGAUGCCUCCUUAUAAUGGUCCGCCAACAUCUCGAAUGCCUGCUUAUCCUCGUGGAAACUCUCAUGCUAGAAAUAAUGGUCAGCCUUGUAAGUUCUUCCAACAGGGAGGAUGUCGUAAUGGUCACUCUUGCAACUUCAUGCACUCUCGGUGAGAAAUACAACUAUUUCCACUGCUGUUUCUUGUCCCUAGCUCUGUAAAAAGUCACUUGGAUUUCGAUUUAUGCAUUUUAAUUUAAAAAUAUCAAUUGCUAACACUACAUCACUUAAACUUUACUGGUUGUAAAUAAAACGCUAAAGGUUUUGUAUAGUUUUUUUUACAAUAGAAUAUUUUAUAAAUUUCACUAUGGGUUUUCAAUAAAUAACCAGAUUUCAUGAACGAUUUGUUAAUCAUUUUCAUUAAUUGGAUUGAUGUUUCCCGUUUUUAUCUCCAUAUCUCAAAGGUAUUUUUAAACCCGAUGCCUAUUGGCAAGCUUUACACGGCAAGCACUCUAGAUAUAUUACGAAUAUAUUUUGUACAUUUUUUAUUCUAAUUUGAUACAUUUAUAUGAUUCCAGAAAUUUAUUAUCUGAAAUAUCAUUGCUUAUAUAUUUUC